GACUCUCCGCCUGUCGUGCGCCGCUCUCCACGCUUCCUUGUCGGCGCUCGCCCGGGUCCGUGUUCCCAGCCACUCACGCCAUGGCCGCGCUCACCCAGAACCCGCAGUUCAAGAAACUGAAGACGUGGUACGAGCAGCACGGCUCUGACCUCAACUUGCGCCGCCUUUUCGAAGGGGACAGGGACCGCUUUAACCGCUUCAGCUUGAACCUCAACACCAACCAUGGGCAUAUUCUGGUGGACUACUCCAAGAACCUGGUGACGGAGACUGUGAUGCAGAUGCUGGUGGACCUGGCUAAGUCCAGGGGUGUGGAGGCCGCCCGGGAGCGCAUGUUUACCGGUGAGAAGAUCAACUUCACUGAGGAUCGGGCUGUGCUGCACGUGGCCCUUCGGAACCGGUCAAACACACCCAUUUUGGUGGAUGGUAAGGAUGUGAUGCCAGAGGUCAACAGAGUCCUGGAGAAGAUGAAGUCUUUCUGCCAGCGUGUCCGGAGCGGUGAGUGGAAAGGGUACUCGGGCAAGGCCAUCACGGACGUCAUCAACAUCGGCAUUGGCGGCUCUGACCUGGGACCCCUCAUGGUGACUGAAGCCCUCAAGCCCUACUCUUCAGAAGGUCCCCGGGUCUGGUUUGUCUCCAACAUUGACGGGACUCACAUUGCCAAAACGCUGGCCACCCUGAACCCCGAGUCCUCUCUCUUUAUCAUUGCCUCCAAGACCUUCACCACCCAGGAGACCAUCACGAACGCAGAGACGGCGAAGGAGUGGUUUCUCCUGUCUGCCAGGGACCCUUCUGCAGUCGCGAAACACUUUGUGGCCCUGUCUACCAACACUGCCAAAGUGAAGGAGUUUGGAAUUGAUCCUCAAAACAUGUUCGAGUUCUGGGAUUGGGUGGGAGGUCGCUACUCGCUGUGGUCAGCCAUCGGACUCUCUAUUGCCCUGCACAUAGGAUUUGACAACUUCGAGCAGCUGCUCUCAGGGGCUCACUGGAUGGACCAGCACUUCCGCACGACGCCCCUGGAGAAGAACGCCCCCGUGCUGCUGGCUUUGCUGGGCAUAUGGUACAUCAACUGCUUUGGGUGUGAGACGCACGCCAUGCUGCCCUAUGACCAGUACCUGCACCGCUUUGCUGCCUACUUCCAGCAGGGUGACAUGGAGUCCAAUGGGAAGUACAUCACCAAGUCCGGCGUCCGCGUGAACCACCAGACGGGCCCCAUUGUGUGGGGGGAGCCAGGGACCAAUGGCCAGCACGCCUUCUACCAGCUCAUCCACCAAGGUACCAAGAUGAUACCCUGCGACUUCCUCAUCCCAGUCCAGAGCCAGCACCCCAUAAGGAAUGGUUUGCAUCACAAGAUCCUCCUGGCCAACUUCUUGGCCCAGACUGAGGCCCUGAUGAGGGGGAAGUCGACAGAGGAGGCCCGGAAGGAGCUUCAGGCUGCUGGAAGGAGUCCAGAGGACUUUGAGAAGCUGUUGCCCCACAAGGUCUUUGAAGGAAAUCGCCCGACCAACUCAAUAGUGUUCACCAAACUCACGCCAUUCAUUCUUGGAGCCUUGAUUGCCAUGUAUGAGCAUAAGAUCUUCGUUCAGGGCAUCAUCUGGGACAUCAACAGCUUUGACCAGUGGGGAGUGGAGCUGGGAAAGCAGCUGGCUAAGAAAAUUGAACCUGAGCUUGAUGGCAGCAGCCCAGUGACUUCUCAUGAUUCUUCUACCAAUGGGCUGAUCAACUUUAUCAAGCAGGAGCGUGAGGCCAGAAGCUAAUAAACUUGUGCCCAGCAGCAGUCCCUGUUGUGACUAGUCCUUCUUGUCUGCCUGCCCAGAGUCUGCACUGCACGGUCCUGCCCAGAGCACCCUCUGGUUUUGGGCUUGGACCACGAGCCCUUUGGGGGAAGCUGGUCUGGAAUUGCCACCCCUGCCCUCUCAGUGUCCACACCUUCUCUGUUCUACAAUUGGCUGCAGUGUUUCAGUGUAACUGAUUUUUCUGAUCUAUGUUUAUUGUUCUUGUACCAGGAAGAAAAAUAAAGAUGUCACAAAAGA